CCAUUGUUGAGUUCUCUCUUGAAAAUGAAAGAAAUGCGACAACAACAAGUCAAGGAGCGUUUUAAGAGGCGUGGCCCUAUGGCAAGAGGGAAGAUGCAGCCGCAGUCAGGAGGCAGGCUUGGACCUCAGAAGGGUGUGUCUAAACCCCAUAGUAACAUGGUAACAAAGGAGGGGUCAGCGAAGACACAGUCGGCACCAUCCGGUCAGGGCAGAAAGGAUGGAGUACCUCCCCCCCAGCCACAGGCCAAGGCUCAGACUCAGCAACAGAAGCAGGGCAGGCAGUACUCAGGCUUCCAGACCACCUCAGUUCUAGAACACGUAGAACUGGAGGAUGGAAAGAAACGAAGGAAGGUUCUAUCCCAGCCCUCUCACCAUGGCCCAAAGAUAAGGGCGCGUGAUAAGGGAAAGCCUGCUCAGCCUAAGAAGCCCAGGAUCGGUUCCAGCAGGAGAGAGAGACCGGGAGCAACGUCACUGGAGAAACCUACACAGAGGACUAAAGGGGCCAAGAGGCGGUUUAGGAGCCGAGAGGAUGACCGCUUUGACAAUCUGGUUGAACAAUACAAGAGGAAACUGAUGGGCGGCAACAAGACUGCAACCAUCAAGAAGAACAAGUGGUUCAACAGUUAAGUGUGUUAGAUGCC